CAGCCGCGCCAAACGUUUGACGCAGGACCGCGAAAAAAGGGUCUCUAGGGUUCGUCCCCAGCCACAAUCGAUGGAGGAAGGCAGCAGCCUCGCGGCUUCUUGUCCGGGUAGGAGCAACGGCGGCGGCGAGGGAAGCACCGGGAUCAUCGAUCUCCGCCCUCCUGGUUCAUCCCCGGCCGUUGAUCUCACCGAUCGAGUCCACCUCCUCCCCUGUUCCGUCAAGCACGAUGGCCCCUGCCCCGUCUCCCACUACUUCAAGCCCAAGCAGACAGAUGUGGUAGUGGAUGAUCUGUGCUUGAAAGAAGCCUUCUUUAGAGGGAGGAAGUUGCAGGGCGUCACCGUUCCCCUACCCCCAGGAUAUCGAGGUUACGUUUUGGACAAGAGUUCGGAGAGUGGCAAGAGAUCGGAAACUUCGGAAGGGGGAUUCGACCGGUGGUUGUCCCGUGCUGAGUUUGGGAACUUAACCUAUUGGAAUCAUGACAGCCUGCCUUCACCAGACGAUCCGCUCAUACGGUGCUUCCAUUGGUUUUCUGUUUCUAAUGCCUUGCACAAGCCAGUCACCCAAGCAGAGUUGGAUUCGGCAAUGUCUGUUCAAGGAAGAAAUGAUUGAACUUACCUGCUCACUAAAACCUCGAUGGAAGAAACACUUGGCUUUUAUUCCAGGCGAGGCUACUUUCUGAAUCCUAGUUUCACUCCAAAUUGGUACUUCCAUCUUUCAGUCCCUCUCUUCCUUAUGUAGUUGUUGUCUCAAGGCAUUGAUGGCAUGUUAGGCUUUCAUCAAGAAGGUUUGAUAAAUUAGAAUUCAGAUACACAGACAAACUUUUUCCUCUGGCAUUUUCACAUCAAAAG